UAUAAUAUAAAGCUAGUUUCCUCAUACCACUUUGACAAACUACCCUCCAAAUUCCAAUUCACUUCCUGCAAGCAAUUGAAAAGAGAAAAGAAGGACCAAAACUAGAAAUGGACCAUGCCAAGAUUGCUUAUGAUUUAGUCAUGGUGGCUCUAUCCGUAUCUCUUAUAGUUCUUGGUGUUGUUCUGUUUCUUGCAUGCAAGAAAAAGCCGGUUGAAUCCGAGGAAACACUUCCGGUAAAAUUUUGUGCUCGUGCAUACCCUUUAAUGGAACUUGAUGCUGCCACUGGUGGCUUCAACCAUAGGAGAAUUAUUGGCCAGGGUCGCCUAGGAACGGUUUACGCCGCAACGCUAUCGAAUGCAGAGCUUGUAGCUGUGAAGAUGAUCCACCUUUUUCUUGUUUUGAGCAAUGCAAGCUUUGGAUUCUCAUCUGUGUUGAAGCGGCUCUCAUUGGCACAACACCCCAACGUUGUUCCAAUCAUAGGAUUCUCCGAAGCACCACGGGAAAGAGUUGUAGUCAUGGAGUUUAUCCGAUUUGGCAAUCUUUAUGAAUAUUUGCAUGGCCAAAAUGAGGAAUUGCCAAUGACAUGGGAUAUGCGUUUGAGAAUUGCAUCUGAGAUUGCAGGAGCAUUGUUUUACUUACAUUCAGCUGCUUCUCAACCAAUUUAUCACAGAGACGUGAAGUCAACAAAUAUUUUGUUGGAUGGAAAGUACAGAGCAAAAGUAGCUGACUUUGGAGCUUCUAGAAUGAUCUCUAUCGAAGAUACUCAUCUCACCACAGUAGUUCAAGGGACUUUUGGAUAUAUGGAUCUUGAAUACUUUCAUACUAGUCAAUUGACAGAAAAGAGUGAUGUUUACAGUUUUAGAGUCGUUCUUCUUGAACUAUUAACAGGACAAAAACCGUUAUCCUCCUUAGGAUCUAACGAAGCGAAAAGUUUGGCUUCCUAUUUUGUUCUUUUCAUGGAGAAAGAUCGUAUGUUUGACAUAAUCGAUGAUAGGGUGACAAAAGAAGGGGAGAAAGAGCACAUAAUUGCUGUUGCGAAUCUUGCAUAUAGAUGCUUAGAGCUCAAUGAGAAAAGUAGGCCAACUAUGAAAGAAGUCACAAGAGAAUUGGAUGAGAUCUGA